AUGUCGCUGUUUCGAGCCCGAGAAUGGUGGUCAACCAAGCUCGGGGAAGGAGAAGAGUUCGACAAAGGAUCCAUGGCCCUGGGUAAUGUUGACAACGACAGUAUGGGCGGCGUCAAGGUUGUGACGGGAAGCUUUCAGGGAGUGCUGAGGGUGCACCACCCCGUGCAGGCCGACUUCCGCAUCGAGGACCUCCUGUUGGAGCAAGAUCUUGGCACCCCGAUAAUCCAAGUGUCCGUUGGGCGAUUCAUUCCCUCUGCUCCGCAAAUCAACGCUAUCGCGGUGCUUCACCCUCGAAAGCUCGGGGUUUAUUCCGUGGAAGCCGUGGGCGGGACCGGAGCAAAGGCGAGCUACUUUGACCUGGUCAAGGCGUAUGAGCACGUGCUCGGGAUCGAGGGAGGGGGGCACUUCACCUCCUGCAAUAUGACGCACGGAGGAUUUGGGGGCGUGUCACGGGAUCUGCUGUGUGUGCAGAGUAUGGAUGGUCGCCUGCAGGACGCGCACGCCUUCACACGGCGAUUGAAUGGCAUAUUGGUCCCUGGACCGUUGUGCUACGUGGCCAAAAUCGACGCGUUUGUGGUCGGCAACAGCGAGAUGGGUGUUGACUGCUACAAGUAUCAGGCGCUAGCCGCCAGCCAGGAGGACCGAGAGAAAGGGAGAAGUGAAGGCAUCUCCGCUGCCCGCGGGCUGCAGGCGUACUGGUCUUGCCAGCUGGGAGAAGCCGUCCUGGACGUGUUCGUCGCCAAGUUUAGCCGCUCGCUGGGACCCGGGUGCGUCGAUAUCGUCGUCGUGGGCGAACGCACCCUCUUCACGCUGCGCGAGCAGGGAACCGUGCGGCUGCAGAAGGUUCUCGGUUACCAGCCGGCGUGCGCGUGCAAGUACGUGGUCGUUGCCGGCCCCGGAGAGGAGGGCGCGGGGCUGACGGGCACGACGGUGAGGGGGAUCGACGAGGGGUUUGCCACCGUCGUCGAAGAGGAGAACCUCGUCAUCGCCGCAGAUACUGACCAGCUGAUGGUGUACAAAGACCUGCAGCUAGUGUGGCAGGCGACGGUGAGACGUGCCCCCGUGGCGCUCACCGUGGCUAAGUUUGGCGCCGUGCCCGGCAUCGUGUGCAGCCUAGACGAUACCGGGGUCCUGAGCGCUUGCUAUCAGGGGACUGACCCUCCCACGUCGGCCGUAGUGGCUGCCGAGAGGAAGGACAUUGACUACGACCAGAUAAAUCAGGAGCACCGGAAGCUGCUGCAGAUCAUCAGGCGGAGUCAGACCGACUCGGCGCGGCCACCAGCGGGCAAGCUAACCCUCCACGCGCAGGUGCCGCGGUUUCUAGACGACGCGAGAAGACAAGGACAGCAGCAGCAGCAGAGCCGGCGGGACGGUGAUGGAAGGGCGGCGGGGGGCUUGUACGACGAAGACGCCCGACGGGGCUCCUACGACGGAUCUUUGCGGUCCUUGCCGCCUUUGUCGGUGGCCGCCGCGGAGGGGCGCCAGGAGAAGCGGCAUCAGGCUGGCGUCGUCUCGGUGACUGUGAACUUCGUGGUAACGUAUUCGGGUCCCGGCGAGGUCCGAGAUGCCACGCUGAAUAUCGUCCCACCACCGGGGUUCUCUGCAGAACCAUCGUCGGUCCUGCUGCCUCCGGUCUGGGGAAGCAACGGGGGCGGAAGCAGAGAUGCCGGAAGAGGAGGAGGAGGGGGGGGGGGAGGUAGCGGGAACGAGCCCAUCGUGGUAGCAGUAGUUCUGAGCGCGGAGCGAGGGACGCAGCGGUUACCGUCGACUCUGGCCGGAGAGGCGUCGGUGGUGUACACCAGACAGGGGACGGGCGGGGACGGGCGGUGCGAACCGAUGUCGGCGCGGUGCGCUCUGCUGCUCCCGCUCGCCUUGGCCGGGGAGGUGGUGGAACCGGUCCCCAGGAAAGGCGACGGCAACGCACACAAGUUCACGUUCAGCACCACUCGGCCAGCCGUGCCGCUUAGCACUUUGUUCGAGGACAUGGCAACUUCGUCGCCGCCAAGAGGCGACGUUGGCGAUGGUGCUUCACCGUCACCUCCGACCAAUCGCGGUGCGAAUUCUCUGGAAGACUCGAAAUCGAAUGGAGCUGGGGGGGGAACUCCGGCGGCGAGUUUCGGAGACAGCGGCGGGGAGGCAUUGGUUCCCUGUAGCAUUGGCAAGGAGAGCACGGCGUUCUCUCUGCGCUACUGGGCCGUCGGCGCCGGCGCCGAGGGAGGAGGCCAGGACGUAAGCGUGACGGUUUCGAAGAACUCUGGAAGGUAUCGGGUACAGAGCGAGUCCCUGCCAGCCGUCUGCGUGAUGGCGACAGAGGUGGUGAGGAGGCUCAGGGAGUACUUCGGCGACCCUGCCGGGGGUCGAAAUCGAGGCGGCGAAGAACGCCCAGCGGCAGACGAGGGCAAAACAGGCCCGCAUACGGCAAACCGCCUUAAGCUGGCACCCCAUGCCCACAUCUACGUACACCGCGCUCAUUCCGGAGCAGAUCCGUCCCGUCUCCGAAUCGAGUACUCGGAUGCCCUUCCCCUGCAAGAGUUCUACGCCAUAAUCGACGAGCACUACGAUCGUAGAAGAGACCUCCAGGACGCUUCGGAGAGCCUGAAUUGCGCCGCCCACCAGUACAGGGUGGUAGAAAAGCGCCUUCUUUCGCGAUUCAAGGAUCGGAACCCCGCUCCGCUCGACAGCCUGGACGUCGUGUCGGAGGAGACCUACCAGCGUCUGGUCGAGCUCUGCGAUGGCGUGGAGAGAGCGCAGGAUCGACUGGCGGUCAGCGCCGCAAGACUUGGGUGUGCGGUGAGGCUGGUGGCACUCCUCGCACAGCACCGGUUUCAACUACCGUGCAAAGACCAUACGCUCCUACUGGCGCACCUUUACCCCGACGUGACCAACACAGAAGAACAGGGCUGGGAAGAGAGCGUCCACGCAGCGGUAACGCACCUCCUGCGAACCUCCCUCGCCAAAGUUGCGAAGGAUGCUGCCCCGCCAUCGGCAGGGCAGACGCCGCCUCUCUCAAUGCCAGCGGAUACGGUGAAGCUCAAGAAGCACCUAUCGAUCGUGUUCGACCGAUUGAACAAGGGAGCCCGACUCGUUGUUCUACCCUCCUCGUCACGUCCUUCGAGCCCUAGAUCGUCGUCGGCACCUGAUAGCCAGACGCCUGUUUUGUUGGCGUCGUCACCCCGGCGGGGUGCUUCGCCGCCGUCGCGAGGAGCACCAGAGCGCGGCUACAAAUAG